UUUUUUUUUUUCUUUUCUUCUCUACUUUAUUGUACAUACUAUUAGAUAAAUAUAAUGUCAGAACAACGUACUUUCCGUAUUGGCACUCGUAAAUCACAAUUAGCUAUGGUUCAAACUGAACUAGUAUGUAGUCUUCUCCAAAAAUCCUAUCCACAACACAAGUUUGAAAUUGUAGCCAUGUCAACGACGGGGGAUCGUAUUUUGGAUGUGGCACUUAGCAAGAUUGGCGAAAAGUCAUUAUUCACCAAGGAAUUAGAAGUGGCUCUUGAAGAUGGUCGUGUGGAUUUUGUUGUACAUAGUUUAAAAGAUUUACCUACCACUUUACCUGAAGGCAUGUAUCUUGGUGCAGUUCUUGAACGUGAAAAUCCUCAUGAUGCUGUGGUCUUAUCUGACAAGUUUAAGGAUUAUACUUUGGCUACUCUUCCUGCUGGAUCUGUUAUUGGUACAAGUAGUUUACGUCGUGUGGCUCAAUUGAAACGUAAAUAUCCUCAUCUUACUUUUACAGAUGUUCGUGGUAACUUGAAUACUCGAUUAUCAAAAUUGGACGAUCCCAAUGGACAAUAUGCAGCUAUUGUAUUGGCAGUGGCAGGAUUGACUCGUCUUAAUAUGACUCAUCGUAUUUCUCACAUUCUAUCUCCUUCGGAAUCAUUACAUGCAGUCUCUCAAGGUGCUUUGGGUGUGGAAUGUCGUGAAAAUGAUCCAGUAUGUACUGAUUUAUUGGUCAGUUUGAAUCAUCCCCUUACUCGACUCGUCUGUACAAGUGAACGAUCUUUGAUGCGUACGUUGGAAGGUGGAUGCAGUGUACCUAUUGGUGUCAAUUCUUCUUAUGGAGAUGAUCAUGUGUUAAAAUUAAGAGGAUUGGUUGCAAGUUUGGAUGGACAAACCGUGGUGGAACAUGAAGAUCAGAUUUCUGUGGAUCCCUCUUUAUCUUUGGAAUCGCAAUAUAAACUUGCUAAUGAUUUAGGGGUGACUGUGGCAAACAAACUUCUUGAACUUGGUGCUGAUGCUAUUUUGAAGGAAUUAUCUCAUUCUUAGAAUUUACAUUAGAUUCCCUCUUUAUACAAGCAUAUAUAUAUAAUAAAAUCUGUUAUUUUAUUG